UUCCCUCAUCGCUCAACCCCUGAUACUUUGCUUGCGGCCUUACAGAAAAAGCCCAAUCCACAGGUUCAGAAUCAGAACCACUCGCUUACAAUCGGACUUGUUAACUAUAUCGCUAAUUUAGCGUGAAAAUAUCACUGUCGGACUCACAUGACUGUGUACAGUUAUGUUGCCUACCCAGGAAACUCACUCCAGGAUCAACACUCAAAAAGGAGUCAGAAGUGACCAAUAUGGAACGCAUCCUGGGGCGGUCUCGUGAAUCAUCGGACGCUGUCGGCUUUUUCCGGUAAUCUCGGUCAGUUAGCUAGCCAAGCUGAUUAGCCUGCUACCACAAGCUAAUGUUUGUAGGAUAUUUAUUGUUAGCCGAAUUGGAGUGGAUGAUACAAAGAGUAUAGAAAAAUGGCGGACGUCGAGGGACAAGGAAUAUGUUCGUCGGUCCCUCCGUUGCCUCACCCUUCUUCUCGAAACGGCUCCGGUAGCGGUAACGUUACACCGGGUACCGGCGGCAGUUGCCAGACGGCAACUACCGUUACUUCAGGCCCACGGCUAGUUCGAAUAGUGAAGUCGGACUCGGGCUAUGGUUUCAAUGUUCGGGGACAAGUUAGUGAAGGCGGGCAACUACGGAGCAUUAACGGGGAGCUGUACGCUCCCCUGCAGCAUGUCAGUGCUGUCCUACCGGGAGGUGCUGCCGACAGAGCCGGUAUUUCGAAGGGGGACAGGAUUCUUGAGGUUAAUGGUGUGAAUGUAGAGGGAGCGACCCACAAGCAGGUGGUGGACCUGAUCCGAGCCGGAGAGAGGGAGCUGGUGCUGGCUGUGCUGUCUGUCCCGCCCCAGGAGGCCGACUGUCUGGAUCCUGGUGACGACAUUUCAGCCCAGUCCUGCUAUGACUACUCCGACAAGCAGGCCGUUCCCAUCUCUGUGCCGAGCUACAAACACACUGAGCUAAACCAGGAAAAGUUUGUGGUAUAUAAUGUGUACAUGGCAGGCAGGCAGCUGUGUUCUAAGCGUUUCCGUGAGUUUGUGAUCCUACACCAAAACCUGAAGAGGGAGUUUGCCAACUUUACAUUCCCCAAGCUGCCUGGGAAAUGGCCUUUUUCCCUGUCGGAGCAGCAGCUGGACGCACGACGCAGAGGCCUGGAAGAAUACCUGGAGAAAGUGUGCUCUGUACGGGUAAUUGGAGAAAGUGACAUCAUGCAAGAGUUCCUGUCUGAAUCAGAUGAGAACUAUAAUGGCGUGUCAGAUGUGGAGUUGAGAAUAGCCAUGCCCGACAAAACCACGCUCACGGUCAGGGUUCGCAAAAACUCUACUACAGACCAGGUCUACCAGGCCGUGGUUAUGAAACUGGGCAUGGACAGUGUAACAGCCAGCUACUUUGCCCUGUUUGAGGUCAUCAACCACACCUUCGUGCGUAAGCUUGCCCCCAACGAGUUCCCCCACAAACUGUAUGUACAAAACUAUACCUCAGCCAUCCCAGGAACCUGCCUCACCCUGCGAAAGUGGCUCUUCACUACAGAAGAGGAGAUUCUGCUCAAUGACAACCAGCUUGCUGUCAACUACUUCUUCCACCAGGCUGUGGAUGAUGUAAAGAAAGGCUUCAUCAAAGCAGAGCAGAAGUCCUACCAGCUGCAGAAGCUGGCUGAGCAGAAGAAAAUGUCCAUGUAUCUGAGUUUGUUGAGGGGUUGCGAGGGCUACAAUGAGAUUAUAUUCCCCCACUGUUCCUGCGACUCCCGGCGCAAAGGCCACGUCAUCACAGCCAUCAGCAUUCACCACUUCAAGCUGCAUGCCUGCACUGAGGAAGGGACACUUGAGAACCAGGUGAUUGCAUUUGACUGGGGGGAGAUGCAGAGGUGGGACACGGACGAAGAGGGCAUGGCCUUCUGCUUUGAAUAUGCACGAGGAGAGAAGAAACCACGCUGGGUCAAGAUAUUUACACCCUAUUUUAACUACAUGCAUGAGUGCUUCGAGAGAGUCUUCUGCGAGCUGAAGUGGAGGAAGGAGGUGGAAGAGGAGGCUACAGACAAGGACAAUAAGAACUGCAGUAAAGAUGGUAUGUGUGGCAAGAAUAUUUUCCAGCUGCUGAGGCACAGAAGGGAUGGAGGCACCUAGGAAGGGAGAUUGUUACCUCUUAACUAGACACCGUCGUCACCGACUCAGCUCAGUUCAGCCCUCAUCUAGCCCCAGACCCAGCAACACUCAGCUAUUAACUACAUGGUCAUCAUUUAUGCUCCAUCAGCUGCAACCUGAGAAGCUACCCUCCGAAACAUGCAAACCAACAAGCACCUGCAAAAUGAACAAAUCAAAUAAACCGAAGCAUAAAAAAAGCUACAGACACAUGAACCCGAACUCUUGAAUCAGUUUCACCAUAACCAUGCAUUUAGCAGAGCUCUGUCAAGUCAUGGAUUCAUGCAAGUCUUCUAAUUGGCAGGAACUGGAAGAGGAAUGUGACUUGUAGAUGUGGAGGUUUUGAGCCUCCUCUGAAGAAGUCCUACCAGGAAGAGGAAGCUGAAGUGAAUGAGGGAAUAUUGUUGGACUAAGAAGGGAAAAUAGAAGCCGUGAGUGCUCACAAAGGGGAACACAGAAGCACUGACAACUGACCACAGGAAGACAUCAGUUCUUCAUUUACGGAUCUGAGUGUCAGAGUAUUCUUUGUGUUAUUGGCCAGUUGUUAGCGUGCAAGGGUGCAUGUUAACUAUGCGUGCAGGGGGCCCAAAAGGCAAGGGGCCAACCAGAGUGAGGCUCUCAGAAUGUAAGUCACAGCUGAAUUAUACAUACAUUUUCAUCUGUUCGCAGAAAUUAGCAUUUAUAAAAGAAAACUAUUAACAUUUUAUUGUUGCAAUUGAGAGAAGGGAGAGAGUAAGCGGACAUUUUGUUGGAUGAGACACAUUUAUUCAUUCAGAGACACAGCUGUGAAGAUUUAGAGCAGGAACAACACUAAAACUUCAGACAAAUGUUGCACUUUAUUCAACAGUAUUAACAACCUCCAAAUGUGGGAGAUUGAACCUAAGAAGCAGAAAGUGGGCAAAAUACUAGAAGUAGCUUUUGCUUAAUUUUUGACUGACUGACUGCAGUAUGAUUAUGUACUGCAUUAUCAAAUGGCGUGUGCAGCGUGCAGAGCCAUGCAUUAAACUUUUAUAUAUUUAUAGUAUUAUAUACGGAUGCCUUGAAAUUCAAGUGAGAUAAAAAAAAUCUGAUGGCCCUUUUUCGAAAACUGAUCUAAUUUGUUUUCUCUCCCUUGUUUAUGACUUGAGAGUAGGCUUGUUGUUGGAGUAAUCAUUACGGUUAUCGGACCAUAAGAGGUUAAAGUGCAUCGCUACCUAAGCAGCAACCACAGGGUCUGAAAUGCGGAAGUGCCUUAAACCUGCAUAUUUUCUAAUGGCCAGCAGGGGGCGACUCCACUGGUUGCAAAUGAAGUCUGAUUGUAUGAAAGUCAAUAAGAAAAUUAUAUAUAUAUAUUUGAACAUUUUUUUAGUUGAUUUAAUAUCUCAGUAAACACUUUUUCCUGCACCUAAUCCCCUCUGCCUAUGUGUUGGUUGCAAAAACCAGGAUUGUGACAACCAAAAACAAAGAUGGCAACGACCAAAAUUCUUGUGGUGGCCUUUAUGUUUUCUUCCAGGUCAGUUUAAUUUCCCCAUGCACUCUAAACACAAGAUACAUACAUUAUAUAAGUUAUAUAACAUUAAUGUCAUGUCUUUCUUUUGGCUUGGAAAUAUAUUUAUGUUGGUAUAAGCUGCCAUAUAUUUCUAGCUAAAAGAGUUAACAUGAGAUUAAUGUUAUAUAACUUGUUAACACACAAUAUAUGUACCCUGUGUUUAAAGUUGAUGGAGAAAUUAAAACACAGCUGGAAGAAAGCAUGAAUGCUUUUAGUCCUAUUUCAAACAGAAAAUGCAGUUGUGAUGCACUUCAGCCUCUUGUGGCCAAAAUUAGUGUUACAACAUUAAACACUUUCAAAGAAAUCACCUGUCAAAACAAUGUUUUUCACCUGUUUAUAACAGAUAAAAAUAAAUAAAAGAACUGAAGUUAUCAUGGCAAAACAAUUUUCUUUUUACCUGUUUACCUGAAAAUGGACUACCAGAUUUUUUUCUCAAUUGUUUCCCAGGGCUUUAGAAAUUGUGUGAACACUAAAUCAAGUGUUUUGAGGCCACUGUAGAGCACUGAUCAAACAGUGGAAUACAGCAUGUUUAGCGUGCAUUACCAAUAAGAGACAGCAGGGGUCCUUCGCCUCCUUUCUGCUCUCUUGCAGACCCUGAUUACUUUGUUUCUGAGAGCUCCCACAGGAUUUAUAAUAGGCCUGUAAUUUAAAAGGCCUUUCCACUUGCAGCACUAUUUAUCUCUGUAGCUGGUACUUCGCUGUACUGUUGAACCUCUCACGCACUCCAGAUUCAGGUUAAGUGGGAAAAGCA